CAUUGCAGUACAUUGAGCUCCAUAGAGACAGCGCCGGGGCAAGCGAGAGCCGGACGGGCACUGGGCGACUCUGUGCCUCGCGGAGGAAAAAUAACUAACCAUGGGAAAAGGAGAUCCUAAGAAGCCGAGAGGCAAAAUGUCAUCAUAUGCAUUCUUUGUGCAAACUUGCCGGGAGGAGCACAAGAAGAAGCACCCGGAUGCUUCCGUCAACUUCUCAGAGUUUUCGAAGAAGUGCUCAGAGAGGUGGAAGACCAUGUCUGCUAAGGAGAAGGGAAAAUUUGAAGACAUGGCAAAGGCGGACAAGGCUCGUUAUGAGAGAGAAAUGAAAACCUACAUCCCUCCUAAAGGGGAGACAAAAAAGAAGUUCAAGGAUCCCAAUGCACCCAAGAGGCCUCCUUCGGCCUUUUUCUUGUUCUGUUCUGAGUAUCGUCCAAAAAUCAAAGGGGAGCACCCUGGCCUCUCCAUUGGUGAUGUUGCAAAAAAGCUGGGAGAGAUGUGGAAUAACACUGCCGCCGACGACAAGCAGCCGUACGAGAAGAAGGCUGCCAAGCUGAAGGAGAAGUACGAGAAGGAUAUUGCCGCAUACCGAGCUAAAGGAAAACCUGAUGCAGCCAAAAAGGGAGUUGUCAAGGCUGAAAAGAGCAAGAAAAAGAAGGAAGAGGAGGAAGACGAAGAGGAUGAAGAAGAUGAAGAGGAGGAGGAAGAUGAAGAGGAUGAAGAGGAAGAGGAAGAUGAUGAUGAUGAAUAAGUUGGUUCUAGCGCAGUUUUUUUUCUUGUCUAUAAAGCAUUUAACCCCCCUGUACACAACUCACUCCUUUUAAAGAAAAAAAAAUUGAAAUGUAA